AAGAAGAAUCUACAUCCGGUUCAAGUCAGGUUCAUUUUUUUUCGCAACUUGUGUAGUCUCGAGCAUAUAUGUGUAGAAUAUAUCACAGUCUUCGGGUUUAUAUUAAUCGUUUAAUUGGCAUUUUGUGAGCUUACCAAGUAGGGUCAUUCUCAGCUUGCCCCAUACCUUCAACUUCCACUUCACAGAGACCUGGUUCCAGUUGGUUUGGAUCUUAAAAUAAGCUAACGGUAGCGUUAGCAGAGCAGCUAAAGGGAUGGCGGAGGUUCCCGGAACAUCCAGUGAGACGAUAACGGAGACUGUUCAGACAAAUACACCGCCACCUCCACAGCAGGAAGGACGAAGUUUGACAAUCAAGCUGAGGAAGAGGAAGACUGAGAAGAAGGUGGAGUGGUCCAGUGACACAGUUGACAAUGAGCACCUGGGAAGACGAUCGUCUAAGUGCUGCUGUAUUUAUGAAAAGCCCAGACAGUUUGGAGAAUCGUCCUCUGAAAGUGAGGGAGAUGAUGACGACGAAGGCUGUGGAAGUGCUAACUGCAUCCUGGGCCACGGCAGGAAAGGACAUGGACAGAGGCCUGAUGAAGGAACCAGAGCACCUCCAAGCUCUGGAGGGACACACAACCAUUAACGUGCAACACAAAGUGUGUUUGGGAGGGUUCCAUCUUACAAACUGCUCUGUUGUUUAAGUUUAGUUUCCUCACAGAGCUACAGACAAACUUGAAGUCAGAAAGUUCCAGCUGCUGGAGCACAGCUGCAACCUCUUUACUGCUGCUCUGCUCAAAAGCAGAGAGCAUCUUGAGUGGCGCGUUACUAUUAAAUCAUCUUUCCCUCAGCAGCUCAGUAGUUUGAGAUGAGCUAUUCAUAAAAUGAGCAGCUCAUUUUAUGAGUAGCUCAGAGUAAUUAAAUGUUUGAUAAUGGAUUGUUUGUGUUUCUGCAUGAUUUCACUCUCUAAGACAAGAUUCCUGAGACUUGCUCAGUUUAAACCAGUGUCAGCAGGAACAAAAGGCACACAUCCAAAACUGUGGCUGCUGCAUUUUCAUUGCAUGAAUAUACUGAUAGAAUGUUUUUUCUCUUUUCAUUCCUUGUUAGAUUCUCAAUCCACUGCUUUUAAACAUACAUUAGCCUCAAAUGUUGUUGGCUGUGUGGAUAUAAAUUGAGAUAAUGAGAUGAAAACUUGUUAUUCUGGCAAACUUUUAUGUAAAGCAGUUGUUCUGACUGUAAUAUGUUAGAAAACAGAGAACGUUCAAUUGCUGUUCAGCACAUUAAUGCAUGCAGUAAUUUACUUUUAACUGAUUAAACUGUUAUAAAACCACAGUUGUGUGCAAAAAUGUUUUUUUUUCAGAGAUUUAGCAAUUUUUAACACUUCUGGAAAGUUAUAAGAUAAGAUCCAUGCAGAUCUAGAAACUCACUUUGUCAUUUCAGCAAAAUAUUGAGCCAUGCUGCAUAUCUCCAGCAGCUCAACGGACUUUCUGACUGUAAGGUGUCUGAAACAAACCAUGGUGUGAGAUGGAUGGGCUGCAGGUCCCAUUAUACACUACUGACGGCAUUGUAAUUCUAUUUAUUUGCUGGUCUCAGUUUAUGCUGUUUUUUUCUUGGGUUAAUACAUGCAGUCCAUUAUAUUUUGAUAUGGAUUUGCUUUACUAUCUUUCCGCAAGUACGGGAAAUUGAACAGACUGGACAUACACAGACCUAUAAUAUCGUGAGCAGUAUUUACCGUUUCUCUCACUGAAAGCAAUGACAGCUUCUGUUGUCUCCACCUAACAUAAAAGCAUACUACACAUAAUUAAAAGUCAGUUUUUAAUCAUUUAUUUUUGGGUUUGUUUUAGAAAGAACUUUAUAUUUACCUACACAUGCAGUUAUUUUAUAUCUUCAGUUCAUUUAAGUUCAUAAGAUGACAAUGAGCAAAGUUGGUUUGCUUUCUUGCCCCUGGUCAAAACCAUCUGUAGUGCUCUCCAAACAAGGCAUGAUCUAGUUGAGCAAUAUUUACUUGAUUCAUUUCUUAUUAAAAUAAUAUCUUUUGGACAUUUGUCAUAGCAGCAAGACCUGAGGGAAAAAUGCAUUCUGACUCAGAUAAAGGUUGCUUUUUAUUCCCAUCCAACAACUGCAUUGAAAAAACACACUUUCAUUGGCAUCAAGCAACUCAUUGCAAGCUUAAAUUUUGAACUGCAACUGAAGAACUUUCAGAAAAUCAAAAUAAUGUUGGUAAGUUGGACUUAAUCAGACCGGAACACUGGUCUUCCCAUAACUGAUGACAAUCUAUUUUUUUAGUUUUGCAAUAAUAAAUAAAAUUGUUUUUGGGAGAGAAAAAUGUUAGAAAAUAUCAUUUUCUUUUUGUAUGUAAGCAUAUAUUCCUGUGAUUAAAAACUAAUAAAAGCUACUGUUAAUUCAGUUUUACCUACUGCCAUAUAACCUCUGCUUACAGAGCUACCAAAUGCACACAUCAGUUUUUAUGUUUGUGUUUUAUUUUUUAUGUAAAUCAGUUUUUAUUAAACAUGGCAUAAGCUUUGUAUUUGUGAAAUUCUGAAUUGUGAUAUGCAUCAAACCAGAAAUAUCCAGGGAGUUUCUGAGCAGUUUUCAUUUUUUCAACCCUAGUGCUUAAUGUAUGUCUUGAUUUCAAUUCUCAACUAGUGGUCAUUAUAUUUCUAAUAAAGUUCUAAAGGAAUUUAAUUUGAGCUCCAGUGCUCAUGUUAGAUUCUGUUGGGUGCAGGACGAUUAAUUGAAUACUUAUUUUUUUAGUCCAACUGCAGUUGAGGCCUUUAGUUGUGAUUUUGGCUCAAUUUCAUCAGAUGCAGAUGAAUGGAAUCACUGAGACGAGCAGCUGAUUGCUUUUGCUUACAUUCUAAUAACCAUUCUUUGUAAGUUUUAGUUUGUUGAUAAUAGUUUACUAAACUUAGUGGCUCAUCUCUUUCAAAUAUAAAAAUGUUUUAAACUAGCAUGAAGAAGGAAGGUCAAACCUAAUUUAAAUAAUGAAAAAUUCUAACUGUAAGGCCUGUCAGUAAGUAAUCAUUAAAUUCAUGUUGAAUUUGGAUUAAAUCUGAGGAAAACUCAUUGUGUC